AUGGGGAGCGAGGCCGGUUUGAAGACGUUCUCAGCGGAGGAGCUCGACGAGGCCACGAAUAACUACUCGCGGGAAAACUCGCUCGGUCGCGGCGGUUUCGGCACGGGCUACCGCGGAAAGCUCGCGGACGGUUCCGCCGUGCUUGUAAUGAAGCUGAACCCCGACAACACCCGCCAGGCCGCGGAGAAAUUCACCCGCGAAGUGACCAUACUCACGCGCGCAGACCACCCGCAUCUGGUCAAGCUCCUUGGGUACAAUCCCGAGGCACGCUGUAUCGUGUACGAGUCUCUUCCCGGGGGGACCCUGGAGGACCGUCUGCUGACGGAGGGGGGACGGAAAACGAUGAAGCAGAAGCACCGGCUGCUGAUCGCGGCGGAGGCGUCAGAGGCGCUGCUGUUCCUCCACCAUCUCGACCCGCCGAUUCUCCACCAGGACGUGAAACCCGGCAACGUCAUGCUGAACGAGGAUCUCUCCUGUAAGGUCGGGGGAGUCGGUUUGGCGAAGUUUCUCCCCGCGAACGACUCGUCGAUUUGGGGAACGGUGGGCUACAUCGACCCGUUGCUGCUCCGCACCGGGAAAUACGGCCCGCAGUCGGAUCUGUACGGUCUCGGGCUGGUGGUUCUGCAGCUGCUGACCGGCGAGAAAGUGAAUAAGGUGCUCGAGUUCGCGAAAUUCGGGCUGGAGGGGAUUUUGGAUCAUUUGGAUAAGACGGUUGACUGGAACCCGGAGAUUGCGAAGGAGGUUGCUGAGGUGGCGCUCAAGUGCAGGGACAGGACGAACCGGCCGGAUCUGGAGACGGUUGUGCUGCCUAUGCUGAAGAAAUUCGCGGAGCAGACGAAGGGGGAGAAGGACGCGGAUGCUGCUCCGCCUGCCGCUGCUGCUGGUAGUGCUAAGGGUGGUGGUGGUGGUGGUGGGGCGAGUAAGGGGCAUGAGAAGAAGGGAGCGGCGGCUGCUGCUGCUGCUGCUGCGCCGCAGAAGAAGUCGUUGUUUGGCAUGCAGCAGCAGCAGCAGCAGCAGCAGCAGCAGCAGCAGCAGCAGCAGCAGCAGCAGCAGCAGCAGCAGCAGCAGCAGCAGCAGCAGCAGCAGCAGCAGCAGCAGCAGCAGAGGAACAGUUUGGUUGUAGGGUUGGUGGCACCAUAG